AUGCAAAACGCGGUGAAGAUGCUCAUCGCGGAUCAAGCUACGCAUGAUUCGGUGGCUAAGGAGACUGAGGGGAAUUCAGUUGGGCAUAAAGAGGGCCAAAUGCAAAAUCUGGCGUCACAGAAUAUAGGAGGAGAUGGGGGAGGCCAAUUGCUAAAAACUUUCAUGGCAUUACGAACCCUGGAGUUUAGUGGAGGAACCGAUGCCAUAAUGGUAGAAAAUUGGAUGAAAUCAAUUGAGAAACAUUUACGAGCUACCGGAUGUAAUGAGGCUAAGAAGGUACGAUUGGUAACCUUCUUGUUGGCAGGUAAGGCCGAGAGAUGGUGGGAGAUGGCUCGACAAAGAUAUGGGAGUAGGGAGCCGACUUGGCUAGAGUUCCAAGAAGCUUUCAAUGAUAAUUAUUUCCCUAGUUGGAUGAGGGAACAAAAAGUUUAUGAAUUCAUCGAAUUGACGCAAGGUACCAAAACUGUAGCUCAAUAUGAGGUUGAGUUCAUUUCCUUAGCCAAAUUUGUUAUAGAACUAGUAUCCUCUGAGUCAAAUAAAGCGACAAAGUUUCAGUUGGGAUUACGGCCUAAGAUUCGAUAUACCUUGGCGUAUGCUCGGAUUGCAGACUAUUCCACCAUCGUACAAAGGGUAUAUGCUAUUGAGAAGGAUAGGGUGGAAAUGGGAAUUGAUCAACCGCCAUCAAAAGGUGUAGGAUCCUCCCAAGGAAAGAAUGGUAACAAAAAGAGGGAAUGA